AUGAGCAUGGGGACUGCCUGGUCCGUAGUAGUGGCAGUCCAACGAAGAGGCUGCUACGGAUCACUGAUAUGGAUUCCGGACGCGGAAUCCACGUACCUGCUCUUAUUUCUACAAUCUCUGCAGUACGCUGUUGCUUCUCCACUUGGAGCAUGUGAUGUUGAAGCUGUUGUUACUCGUCUCGAUCUCCGACCUCGACAUCUUCUGCAGCACGUGAACUUGUCCACCGGUGAACCUUUGGGUUCUGCCUGGCCUCAGCUGGUGCACAGCGCCACGAAGGCAACCCUGAGCUGGACUGAAAUGAGCUGA